AUGGAAUACAAACAGGCUUCUAGAAUGGCUCCAAGGAAAUAUGUCACCUCUGAAAUGGUUGAGCACAAUCGCAAAUUGAGAACUCUUGAACUGCUCAUCCAAAAGAAUGACACUAACAUCGCAGAGUGUAAUAUCCUCGUUGACUUCAUGAAGGACAUCCAUAAGAACUGGAGAGACGGGUUCAAAGAUGACAAGCAGGAAAUCGCCAAAUUGAAGGAGGAGAAAAGACAGGAAAAGACAAGAACCAAGAAAUAUAAAAGGUCUAAAAAGCAGGCCAGAAAGGAAAUUAGAAAAGCACGAACUGAGCUUAUGACUAUUGAAGAUAUGAUAAUCAAGCUAAAUUAUAAGGCCAAACUUAAGGAGUAUAACAGAAUUAAGAGAAUCAAUGAAAGAAACAAGGCCAAUCCAGAUAAAGAAUUCAAAAGAGAGCUGACUAAAAUCUAUCAGAGAUGCAUCAAAGUGCGAGGAAAUUCUUUAUUCUAUGAAAAUGACUAGUUCUUAAUAAACUAUUGACUAUAUUACUACCUUAUGAUAGAAUUUAAUAUUUUUCAAU